AUGGUGACAGAACCCUAUGUGGUGAUCAAGUGUGAUGAGCUCCUGCUCCUCAAGCAAUGUGAAGCCAUGCUGGCUGAUGACUUUGAUAACCCCACCUGUUGCAAUGUCUUUGAUGAGGGCAUGUGGGUGAUCAAGCAGUUCCCCAAGCUGCUGCAGUUGUUUGCCCAGAUGGACAUCUUGCUGUGGAUAAGAUUUGGCAAUGCCAUGGUGCCCUACCCUCUGGGCGAUGAACCUCUUGCCUUGGUUGCCUCGCCUGAUCUGCAGAGGAACAUUCUGCUCUUCUUUGAAGUUGUGAGUUGUGGGUAA